AUGUCCCAAGGAGAAGCAGCAGGACGUGGCUCUGCCAAGCCCCAGGACCAGGGAUGGGCAUGGAUGGUCCUGCUGGCUGCAGUGGUGCUGCAGGGGCUGACCCUGGGCUUCCCCUGCUGCAUUGGUGUCUUCUUCACGGACCUCCAGCAUGAGUUCCAGGCCAGCAACAGCCAGACAUCGUGGUUCCCAUCCAUCAUGGUGGCCGUGCUGCAUGGAGGGGGGCCCCUCUGCAGCAUCCUGGUGAAGCGGUUUGGCUGCAGGUUUGUGGUGAUGCUGGGUGGGCUGCUCAGCGGGCUGGGAAUGGUGUCCAGCUCCUUCUGCAAGUCCAUCAGCCAGCUGUACCUCACAGCUGGCCUCAUCACUGGUCUGGGAUCAUGUUUCAGCUUCCAGGCAGGAGUGACUGUGCUGGGCUACUACUUUGUGCGGUGGCGAACACUGGCCAAUGCCGUGGCCUCCACCGGUGUCUCCCUCGGUUUCACGCUGUGGCCGCUGCUGUCUCAAUACCUGCUGGACAAGAUGGGUUGGAGAAACACCUUCCUCAUCUUUGGAGGAAUACUACUGAACUGCUGUGUUUGUGGAGCCAUUAUGAGACCCAUUCAGCUGGCAUCAGGGUCGCUUCUAGAGUCUGCCAAGCCCGAAGGGGAAGCAGGGAGCAGAGCAGAAGAGGCACAGCUGUCCAACGGAGCAUCUCCUCAGCACCCCACACUCCAGCAGCACACCAGAAGGACAAAAUGCUUCCAGAUGCUGCAGAAGUAUCUGGCUUUUGACAUCUUCUGUCAAAACAAAGGUUACCAGAUUUACACUAUUGGAGUGACCUGGAUGAUGAUGGGGUUUGCCUUACCCCAUGUCUACCUUGUGCCUUAUGCCAUCCACAAUGGGGUGGAGGAACGCAAGGCAGCCCUCCUCAUCUCCAUCAUCGGGCUCAUCAACAUCUUCAUCCGCCCUGUCACAGGGCUGCUCUCAGGACACAGAGUCUUCACAGGGAGACGCAUCUACUUGUUCAGCCUGGCCACGCUCCUGUGUGGGCUCAGCAAUUUCAUCUGUGUCAUUUCAGCUGAGUUCAGCGUGCUCAUCCUCUACUGUGUCAUCCUCAGCAUAGCCAUGAGCGGUGUCGGGGCGCUCACCUUCCAGGUGCUCAUGGAUGUGGUAGAGAUGGACAGGUUCUCCAGUGCUCUAGGGCUCUUCACCAUCCUAGAGAGCAUCACCCUCCUCAUCGGGCCUCCGCUCACAGGUCUCCUGGUAGACAUAACCAGUGAUUUCCAUUACGUCUUCUACAACUCCAGCUUCUUCCUGAUAUCUGCUGCAUUAUUUAUGGGGCUCAGCUUCUGUGCUCUGGAAAAAAAAAACAAAUUGAGAGAGUCUUCCAAAGCAUGUUUGGACAAUCCCUCCAGAUAUCAAUACAGUGAAACGUCAACAGAGCCAAAGGCCGAAAGUCAGUCCCCUCCAGCAGUUCAGUACAUCACAAGCAUAUGA